AUGCACUGCCAUCCUUGCCCUUCAAGACUACUGCUACCAUGGGGCCAUCUCAAAGGGCCCACUCAAAUUUCAAGAGGCAUGAAGCGAGCUGCAGGAAACAAACUGCAGCCAAGAAAGAACACAAAUGAUAUGGCCAAGUUUUGGAAUGGUUUGAAAAAGGUUCUGCCCACCAAAAAUGUGGAACCUGACAUGUUACAUUCCCCUUCCAGUUUUGUUGCUGUUCCCAAUGGCAAUGAGGUUGGCCCAUCUAUAUACUCAUUUGAUCAUGAAAGAAAUCCCAUUGUUGAUGCCCCACUGCAUGAGUUUGUGGAACACAAAUACCCUGCCAGUGCACAUGAGAAUGAACCUCUCAGAAGUCCAGCAUUAUCAGAUGCUACAAUGGGCACAAGAUCAUCAACUACUUCUCAAUCCCAGCCAUCACUGCCCCUGGCUAUCACAGCAAGCUGUGUUGCAAAAGGGGCCACUUGGGUGACUCUCAAGAAUGACAUCAAGUUUUGCAAAGCCUGUGAUGCUGCAGCAGCAGAGCUCACACCAUUCUCCAAACAUACAGUCAUUGUGGCAUAUAAGAAGGAAGUGUGGACAUAUGAGGUACAUACACAACCCAUCUGGGAAUGGGCACUUGACAUUUUGGCUCUGCACUUCAUUUGGGAUGCACAAUGCUUGUUCAAGCAUGAUGGACAUGGAUUUGAACACUUCUAUGAUGAGCCCUGGACAGGUGACAGCUGGUGGGACAUUCAAUCCUCCUUGCCUGAAGUUCCAAAUGCUGUACCAUUUGCCUUUAUUAUUUACACCAACAAAACCAAAUUAUCAUUGUUUGGCACUGCAAAGGGCUAUCCUGUUGUGGUCCAUUGUGCAAACCUCCUGGUAGAGAUACAGAAUAGCCAUGCAAUUGGGGGAGGCUGCAUCAUUGGAUGGUUACCAGUCAUACAUCAUCCCAUUGCCCUGAAACUUCUCAGUGACAUUAUGCAGCACUCAAAAACUGGGUAUAUCCAUAUGUUGUGCCAUGACCAAGUAACCUGUUGGUUGUUUCCUGUCAUAUCGAUAUUGUCUGUGGAUUACAAGGAACAACACAGCCACACUGAGGGUGAAAAGGUGCUUAAGGCACUUGGGUUGUGGCCUGUCAAUAAUGUUUUCUGGCUCAUCUGCAAUUCUGACCUUUAUGGCACACUCAGCUUUGACUGCCUACAUUUUCUACAUGGUGGUCUUUGGGGAAAGCACAUACUAUGGGACAUCUUGAGAAUUCUGAACAUCCUUGGGCACAAUGCUGAAACCAAUGUCAAGAACUAUGUUUCCAACUUCCCCUGA